AUGGAUGCCUGGGUAUUGUGGUUCUUGCUCUUGCAAAGCGUCCUCCAGUACCCACAGCCCGUGGGUGAUGGCUUGGACGAGGUGACACGUCUGCGAAUGGAGGCACGUGCCAAGUUCCAGGAAGAGGAGAAAAUUCGUCUGGAGCGGGAGGUGGAGCAGCUGGCCCUGAAGCAGGGUGUCUGGGCCUGGGGAGACGUGCUCUGGUCUGCCUUGCAGCACAGGCAGGUGUUGGCUGUUGCUGGGCUCGUGUUCUUUUACUCGGCCCUGUGGUACAUCUGGUGGAAACAGAGCCUGAGGAGAGAGGAGCAUGAAGAAGAAAAUGAUGGUGCAAACGAAGAGGAAGGCAGAAAUGUGGGUGCAAAUGAAGAAGAUGGUGGAAAUGAAGAAGAACAAGAGAAUGAUGUGAACAGGGAAGAAAACGACCAUGAUGGCAAUGCCCAGGAAGUCGACAAUGCUGCUGCAAAUGAAGAAGGUGAUGUUGGAAAUGAAGCUGGCAACGAGGCUGCAAAUGCUGCCAACAAUGAUGUUGGAAAUGAAGUCGAUAAUCGUGAUCCUGACGAUGACAUUGGAAGAAGGGUAAUGGAGCGCAUCCAGUGGCCUGUGCAGGACCUGAAGAAAGGAUGCAAGUGGACUAGCACCUUGAUGAAAAAUUUUGCAAUUUACUUUCAACACGCCUUGGCCAACAGUUUCUACCCAGUCCUGCAUCGAGCCAUUGGGGUGGGCAGUGCCUUUGAAGGUUGGAGUCCCCGUGAGCAGGAUGUUGUGUACCAGGUGCUCGUACCCAUGACUCCUCCCCGAGGGCACAGCUUCCACGUGGAGCUGGAGACUGCAGGGCAGAGCCACCUGAGGAACGCUAGCAUCCGCGUGCAGCAGGAGUGCACUUGCACGAGGGGGAAGCUGGUUAAGAACAUGCUGUGCUUCUUGCACCACCCCAAGGAGGAGCUGAAGACAUAUCAGGAUCCCAGCCUCCUCCACACCCUGUGCAAGGACUCCUACCUGGAUGUGGAAACUGCCCGCUGGUUCUGCCAACUGGUGAGAGCAAUCUGGCCGGCUUUGCCUCAGGCACACAGCUGGCAUUUAGUGCUGCUGCCCUCCAGACGCUCCUGCCAGUUCAAGGUGAGCAAUGGCAUAGAAAGCUACCGGAUUGAGAUGCUGUUUGGGGUGCGGGAAGGAACCUCAGAUGUCUUUGUAAGCAGCCAGCCUAGGCAUGGCCACACCUCCACCUCAAGCACUACCUGGCCAGAGUCCUUUGCCGUGGCAGAGAUGAAAUUCUUCAAGUACAUAGCCAUGGAGGCCCCCCCUGACAGUUUGCACCUGAAAUGCCUGCAGUUCUUCACCUGUCUUCAGCUGGGCUUAGGUUUUUCUACCUAUACCACAAAGACGAUUGUCAUGCACCUCCUGAACACCUUGCCAGUGUCAUGGUGGUGCAGGAGGCAUUUUGUGAGGCGACUGAUGGAUAUCAGCGAGAGCCUGCGCACAUGUGUGCACACGAGAAAUCUCAACCACUUCAUUGUGGGCAACCGGAGGCUUCCUCCGUGGAUCAGUUUGCCCCCACAUGUCCUAAUGGCUGGGAGCUGCAAUCUCUUCCACGACCUGGUGAUGGAUCCAGUUGCCCACUCCCAGGCCAUGAGUCAGUACGUGGAUCUACGCCAGUUGCUCAUGCGAAUCAUUAACGAUGAAGAGUGA